CCUGGUGGGGCCCGGCUCGCAAUCCAUCACCAUCCUUCGCCUCAUACGUCCCCACAGGUCCGAGGCAGUUGUCCGCCUGGUAGCGCUUGGCUCCCGUACCCAGCCCGGCAUGAUAUACCUUGUGGGGGACCCUAUGCAGCAGCACAUGAGAUGAGCAAAACCACACAGCCUAUAGGAGGACCCCCUACUGCCCCUUCCCCUGGACUCCCACAGUCAGCAUUCCCUUCUGCACCCUCGGCCCCUGUGGUGUUUGGGCCUCCACAGACUCCACAAAUGAAUACACAGUCUCAGCCUCGGCAGGCAGGAUUCAGAUCUAUUCAGCAUUACUAUCCGAGCAGGACACAACCUCCUAGCACCGCCACAAGAGUUCAGACUGGAUCUACAGCUCGUGCAGUGCCUCCUGCCCAUGUGUACCCCGCUGGUUCCCAGGUGAUGAUGAUACCCUCACAAUUAUCCUACACUUCCCAGGGCUACUACAUUCAGGGCCAGGGUCGCUCUUAUGUGAUGCCCACACAACAAUACCCUGUACAACCUGGUGCACCAGGAUUCUUUCCAAGUGCCAGCCCCACAGAAUACGGCACUUAUGCUGGAGCAUAUUACCCGGCUCAGCAGCAGUUUCCUCCUGGGGUGCCCGGAGCUCAAGUCAUGAUUAAUCAGCAGCAAGCAAUUCCUCCAAAAAGAGAACGUAAAACGAUAAGGAUUAGAGAUCCCAACCAAGGAGGAAAAGACGUCACAGAUGAAAUUUUGUCAGGAGGAAGGACCUCAUCGACACCUACACCUCCACAGUCUGUAGGUGGAGGCUCUGAAAUGCAGGCGAAUGGAGAGAGUGUCCAUGUGCCUAUUGUAGUACGCCCAGAUGAUGGCUCAAAGACCACCCAAGUGCUGACCAAACCAUCAGAGAGCCCCUCACCCUCUCCUCCUGUGGAAGCUAUGAGCAUGGCAGUUUGUGAGCAAGACUUGACCCUUGAUAACACUACACCUGAGAUGUCUGUACCUUUGCUAGGGACUCUCAAUUCACAGGAAGUGCCCUUGCUAGAAAACCCUUCAACUCAGGUAUCAAUGCCACCAGAGGCUCCUAUAGCUAUUCAGGAGAGCCCAAGUCUGGCUGAAGUAAGCAUUGUAGAGACAGCUGUUAAGCAAAUAGAGACCGUUUUUGAAGCUCCAAUUGUUCAACCCAAGCUGGAGACUUUAAACCCUACCCAGACUGAUGUGUCUGACUCCCAGGAAAUUCCUCUGCCACAAGAGCAGGCUUUAGAGGUAGACUUUCACACACAGGCUCCUCCAUCACAAAUUUCAGCCGAGCCUUGUCCUGUAGAAGAAAAUGAACCUGCUACAGAAUCUACACAAGAGCAAAGUCCCUUGCAGAGCUUGCCUGCUGAAGAUCUUCAGGGUACUAAUGGCCUCUCUGAAGAAGUGACUGUACCACCUGCACAGCCAGAGCCAUCUACUGUUUGCCAUCCUGAGCCCUCUGUAGAUUCUCCAAUUGCUCAACCAGAAGAGCUCCUAACUAAUGGAGAGGGAUCACCAGGCCUGCAGGAAGCCGAGCCACAGGACACACAGGAAUCCCAUGUUAGUCCCAUUACAGAACCUGAAGAGAAACCAGUUGAUCCUACACCAGAAGUUGAGGAAGUUCGAAAGGAACCUCCAGCCGAGCCAGAGCCAGUUGUUUUACAGACAUCAAAGCAGACUACAGAUGUUCCUGUGGCAGUUGCGGUGUCUGCACCUAAGAAGAGGAGAAAAAUAAAAGAUUUAAACAAAAAAGAGGCUGUAGGAGAUCUGCUAGAUGCAUUUAAAGAGGCGAGUGAUGGUACUACUGAAGCAACAGAGUCAGCUGCUAACCCACCAGCUUCUGUUCCUGAAGUUGAGCAGACCCCCAGUGUUCCUGUGGAGGAGCAGGAUGAGACUUGGGAAGAGAAAGAGGACAAGCUAGAUGCUGAAAAUAUAAAGCCAGGGGAUCUAAAGUACAAAUACAAAGAGGAACAAUGGAAACCACUGAAUCCUGAGGAAAAGAAAAGUUAUGACCGUGAUUUCUUACUUGGCUUUCAGUUUAUUGUGGCAAGCAUGCAAAAACCAGAUGGUCUCCCUCAGAUUACUGAUGUAGUGUUAGACAAGGCAAAUAAAACUCCCCUUAGGCCUUUAGACCCUGCACGAUUAACUGGCAUGAACUGUGGGCCAGAUUUUACACCAUCAUUUGCCAAUUUAGGCCGGCCUGCUAUGGGAAAUCGUGGAGGGCCACAAGCAAAUCUUGGUCCUCGACGGUCUCAACAGGGACCCAGAAAAGAGCCACGCAAAAUCAUUGCUGCUGUGUCAUUAAAUGAAAAUAUCCAGUUAAACAAAGCAGAGAAGGCCUGGAAACCCACCAACAAGGUCCAGAAAGCCAGUGAAGAGGAUGAUCCUGAAAAUAUUAAAACCCAGGAGUUGUUCCGAAGAGUGCGUAGUAUCCUCAACAAGCUGACUCCACAGAUGUUCCAACAGUUGAUGAAGCAAGUCACUGACUUGGCCAUAGACACAGAAGAUAGACUGAAGGGUGUCAUUGACCUAAUAUUUGAAAAGGCCAUCUCUGAGCCAAAUUUCUCUGUCGCAUAUGCCAAUAUGUGCCGCUGCCUUAUGGGGCUUAAGGUCCCAACUACAGACAAACCAGGAGUGACUGUCAAUUUCCGCAAGCUGCUACUGAACCGCUGCCAGAAAGAAUUUGAGAAGGAUAAGGAUGAUGAUGAAGUCUUUGAAAAGAAGCAAAAGGAGAUGGAGGCUGCUGCUACGCCGGAGGAAAAGACUCGACUUAAUGAUGAGCUGACAGAAGCAAAGGAUAGUGCUAGACGCAGGUCCCUUGGUAAUAUAAAAUUUAUUGGUGAACUUUUCAAAUUAAAAAUGUUGACGGAAGCCAUUAUGCACGAUUGUGUAGUGAAGUUGCUAAAGAACCAUGAUGAGGAGUCUUUGGAGUGUCUUUGUCGGCUGUUGUCUACAAUUGGCAAGGACUUGGACUUUGAAAGGGCUAAGCCUCGUAUGGAUCAGUAUUUCAACCAAAUGGAUAAAAUAAUUAAAGAAAGGAAAACUUCUUCUCGUAUCCGAUUCAUGCUUCAGGAUGUCUUAGAUCUACGAAUGUGCAACUGGGUACCUCGUCGUGCAGAUCAGGGACCCAAAACUAUAGAUCAGAUCCAUAAAGAGGCAGAAAUGGAAAAGCAACGUGAGCAGGUUAAGGUACAGCAGCUAAUGUCUAAUAAGCAAGACAAAAGAAGAGAGCCACCAGGACGCCCUACUGGUGGACGUGGCAGUCAGCCAACUGAUGAUGGCUGGAAUACUGUACCCAUUAGUAAAGGAAGCCGUCCCAUUGACACAAGUAGGAUCGCCAAGAUAAAGCUUGGUUCUAUUGAUUCUAACCAACUGCUGGCACCUGGAGGUCGUUUGAGUUGGGGUAAAGGUAGCAGUGGAGGUACUGGAGCAAAGCCAGCUGAAUCCACGCCUGAACCUGACCGGCCAGCAACCAGCACACUUAACAGGUUCUCUGCCCUGCAGCAGUCUGUAAACGCAGAGAGUCAGGAUUCUAGACGAACAGUUCAGAGAGGAAGUUCAAGCCGUGAUCGCUCUGAGAAAGACAGAGGAGACAGAUUUGAUAGAGGCGAGAGGUUUGAUAAAGGAGAUCUUUUUGAACGUUCUGGUCGCUCAGAUCGGGCAAGAGCUGUACUUACAAAGAGGAGUUAUAGCAAGGAGACAGAUGACCACAGCAGAGAGAGAGGCAGACAGAUUCCACAGGAAGCAGUAAGAAAAGUAGCAAGUAUGACUGAACCAAGAGAUCGCAGCAAAGACAACAUUAAGCGUGAGCCGGCAACAUCCGCUGCUGCUCCGGUUGUAUCCUCUAAACCUGCUUUGUCCGAGGAAGAAUUAGAAAAGAAAUCUAAAUCGAUCAUAGAAGAAUAUCUACAUAUAAAUGAUAUGAAGGAGGCAAUUCAAUGUGUGCAAGAGCUUAACAGCCCUUCACUGCUUUUCAUCUUUGUACGAAACGGUAUUGAGUCCACCUUAGAGAGGAGCACCAUUGCCCGGGAACACAUGGGUCUUCUUUUUUACUCUCUGGUGAAGAAUGCCACACUACCUAAGGAACAGUAUUACAAAGGAGUCUUAGAAGUACUUGAAGUAGGUGAAGAUAUGGAGAUAGACAUCCCUCAUAUCUGGCUUUAUUUAGCUGAACUUAUCAGUCCAGUUCUAACAGAGGGAGGAAUUCCCAUGGGAGAGUUGUUCAGAGAGUUGACAAAACCUCUGGUUCCCAUUGGCAAGGCUGGUAUACUGUUAUCAGAAAUUCUAGGUUUGCAGUGUAAAGAAAUGUCUCACAAGAAAGCAGGAGCCCUUUGGCAAGAAUCUGGACUCAGCUGGAAAGAGUUCUUGUCAAAAGAUCAGGAUAUGAACAAGUUUAUCAGUGACAAUAAACUUGAGUACACAUUGGGAGAGGAGUCGGAGACACCCAGUAAGAAAGAUCUUUCUCCAGCGGAGCUGGAAAAAAUGCUCACUAAACUAUUGAAGGAGAAUAGUACCAACCAUAAGAUUUUUGACUGGAUUGAAACAAGCUUGACUGACCAGCAGUUGUCAUCUAAUAGAUUUGUCAGAACUCUCAUGAGUUCUGUGUGCAACUCAGCCAUUAUCUUUGAAAAUCCUUGUAGAGUUGAUGUUACUGUGAUCCACAACAGAGCUAAAGUUCUUCAAAAAUACCUAAAUAAUGAAACAAAGGAACUACAAGCUCUGUAUGCUUUGCAAGCCCUUGUUGUGAAACUUGACCAGCCCCCAAACCUCUUACGGAUGUUCUUUGAUGCGCUAUAUGAUGAAGAUGUGAUAAAGGAAGAACAAUUUAAUAAGUGGGAAUCCAGCAAAGAUCCAGCAGAGCAGCAAGGAAAAGGUGUUGCCCUGAAAUCUGUCACCGCCUUCUUUACAUGGUUACGAGAAGCAGAAGAUGAAUCUGAUACUGAUCACAAGGACUAAAAAUCGCCUUUAUGCUUGCUCUUGUUUUCUUUGGGGCUUCCAGUUUUUGUUUAUUUUUUUCGUUUAUUUUUUUUAAUUUUUUUUAUAUAUAAUUUUUUUUCGUUUUUUUUUUUCUUCUUCCCCUGCAGACUUUUUAACAAACACAUGAAUUCCAAUGAUUUUGCAUUUGUGAGAAUGUAUUGACUCUUGUUGAAUGAUGAAGCCUGACAGAGGGUGGGAGGUAGCCUAGCACAAAGGCAUUGAAGGUCAAAACGUCUGAUAUUUGCAGGCACUUGCUAGUAAGAAGCCUUGGCACAUGGGCAGACUGCAAUGGUUGUUGUUUUUUUUUUUCCUAUUAAUGCAACAGUCUCUUGGGGGGGGGGUUCACUUAAUAAGAGUACUUGAGGUAUUUUGGGACUGCUGAAAGAAGGGUGGAAAGCUGUGUCCCACUUUCUUCCCCUCUUCAUCAUGUAAGUGGGGCACACCCAAACCUUUCACUUGUGCAGAUAAUUUUUUUUUCUUCAUUUUUUUCCUUCAUUUUUUUUCCCACCCCAAAGAGCAUUUGGAGCCUACAUGCUUCAGUGGGACGGAGCACUUGAGCUUCUCUAUUGCUCUUUAUGGCUGAAAUAUAGAUAUAUAAAUAUAUAUAUAAAUAUAUAUAUAAUUAUUACAAAUUGUUUUUUGGUUUGAAGAUGGCAGCAAGCCAUUUUUGAAUCUUGUGUUUUGCUCUUCAGCAAUCUGAAGUUCAGGACACUGACAGUUUUUUUUUUUCUUUUUUUUUUUUUUUAAACAAAAACAAUGAACUUAUGAUUGAUCUGUAAUAAUUAAUGCUGUUGGAUAGUCUACCAGCAGCUGGAUUUCCCCCCCAUUUGGUUCGGUUUUUUCUUCUUCUUUUUUUUUUUUCUUUGACCGAUCUCCCUACUCAUUGGAGUAGAGAAUUUUAUUUCUAUUCAGAUCACCACGUGUUGGAAAGAGGCAUCUCUCAACCCUAGCAAAUUCUGUAUUUAUAGAGAAAGCAAAGCCUUUUGGUUAUUUGUCCUUCCAAAAUGUUUUGGAGGUUCUUGUAAUUAUUAAUCCAAGUAAGAAUGACAUUUGUAAAUACUUUUUGCUUUCUUUAUUAAGUAUUUAAUGAUUCUGACAUACAAAAUUUCCCCAAAACCUCUUUUCACAGAAACUGGAAAUAAAUGAGAACCUUACAUAA